AUGGAGGUUGGAGGUUUAAUGGAGGUUCUGGCUAUGGAGGUUGGAGGUUUAAUGGAGGUUCUGGCUAUCGUUGCUCUAUCCAUCAUCGCCAUUUUGAUGGUUGCUGGAACUAUCGUGGACAUCCUUCACCGUCUGGAGUUCAAAGCACCAUCCAAGAACAUCCUGGGCGUAUCUCCCAAACACAGUGCACAUCGAGGCACGUAUCAACUCUUGCCAGAUGACGAUAAGACAAUAGUGGGUCUGUUUAACGGAAAAGUGGGUUCAGAAAAGAACGACGCCGGGAUGAAAGAGCUCGACCUUGACCCUGAUGUGAUGGAUGAGGUUGUGGAUUACGAAUCCGAAAGUAAACCCCUGACAGACGAAAACAUAUCAAGCAAUCUUGGUAUCUUGUCAAAGGUUCUCAUAGCAUUCUCAGUGUACACCAACGGUUCUAAGGUUCUCAACACCUCACAGAGUCCGGGGUCAUUGACGGCCAUCCACGGAAUCAGGUUCCUGAGCAUGUCCUGGGUGAUACUGGGACAUUUCUUUGUAUUUCCUGCACCUCAGACAGCCAACGCCCUCACUGUGGUGGAUGAAUGGUUCCAUCGGAGAUCGUUUGACGUCAUCACCAAUGCUUUUCUCUCGGUUGAUACUUUCUUCACAAUAAGUGGCCUGCUCGUGGCGUACCUGAUGUACCAGGAGAUCAUGAAGACAGGUUGGAGAAUCAACUGGGCCAUCUACUAUUUCCACAGAUUCUGGAGGCUGACCCCGCCCUACAUGCUGAGUAUGCUGUUGGUGUUGGGUCUGCAGAAGUUCAUGGGGUCGGGGGCGCUGUGGGCCAGCACCCAGCCCGCACAGAAGACCGCGUGUGAGAACAACUGGUGGACCAACAUUCUGUACAUCAAUAAUUUUUACAGCUGGCCCGCUGAUGAGUGCUUUAUCCAUGCGUGGUACCUGGCCAAUGACAUGCAGUUUUACGUCAUCACACCUUUGAUGCUCAUCCCCUUCUAUUUCCAUCUCUAUGCUGGACUGGCCAGUUGUCUAACGUUUUUGCUGGCACAGUGGAUCAUAGCAGGUGUCCUGACGGCGGUCAACAGGUGGCCGGUAGCGUUUUUUUCUCUCGCAAAGCCACCUAGCCUUGAUUGGCUGACCCAUUACUACAUCGCGCCUUAUUGUAGGAUUGGACCGUACGUUAUUGGGAUAUUGGCCGGGUGUUACCUGGCUCAUACUAAUGGAAAAACUCGAAUACCAAAGUAUGUGGUAGCUAUCGGAUGGACUGCAGCUAUAGCAACGGGGCUGAUACUAGUGUACGGUAUCCAUGGCGACAUCACAGGAAAUUCCCCCAGCAGUGUGGGCGUGUCAGUGUUGUACAACGCUGUGGCGAGGUCAGCCUGGGGGGUCUGUAUCUGCUGGGUCAUCGUCGCCUGUAGGUGUGGAUACGGGGGGCCAGUGAAUGUCCUCUUGUCCUGGUCCCCUUUUGUCCUACUGGGUCGUCUGACGUACAUGGCCUACCUGAUCCACCCGUGUGUGAUUGAGGUGUAUGCUGGGAAUUUCGAGUCGCUCUUCUUUAUAGACGAAACCAACAUCGCCAUCUCAUACAUGGGAAUCCUGUUCUUCACCUACAUGGCGGCGUUCGUCCUCAUGCUGGGGCUGGAGUCCCCCAUGAUUGGAAUUGAGAAAAUUUUACUGGACAAGAUAAAAAUAUAGCGGCGACUCCCCUGACUUCCGUACAGUGGAAAUAUUAUGUGUGUUGGUGUAUGUGGUUUGUGUAUGUAUGUGUAUGAUUGUUGGAAUGGUGUUAGGACAUUACACGCUGGUCGAUUUUUUCAUGUAAUUUUCCACUUGAAAUUGCAUCCAGAUGAAUUACUCGUCAACUAGCCCUUAUGAUAACUACUCUCAUUUGAAAUAUAAUAUUGUAUAAAUAUGAUUG